AUGUCUGGGCUCGAAAUUAUCGCCCUAAUUCCGGCUAUCGUCUCAGCAUUUGGGACAAUCUCAGUAGAGUACAGGGACUGGCGAAAGCGACGCGACGAUCGCCGCAAUAAGAGCAAGAACGUUGCUCUACAGAAACUCCUAGCGGGCAAUGGGGAGACGGUUCAGAAUGAAUACGAUGAGGAUCUUCGACUCCUCGGCCCAGUUUUUCAACGGGGCGAUAGCACUGGACGAGAGUCCCUAAUGCAUCAUCUCAUUAUACUCCAGUCGACUGUUAUCUCGCUCAUGCGCGAUCGGCAUAAUGACAUGUCCUACCUGAGCCACCCGAACCAUGAUGCCAUCAACAACACCACGAAAUCGACUCGGAAUGGAAUCGUCAACACUCUGUCAGACCAAUAUCAACGUCUCGCACAGGCAAGGCCAAUCGCACGAUUGCCAGCCCCGGCCACGUCCUCGGCCGAAAAUUGCUUCAAUGACCUCUCCUGCGCCACGUUCAACACCAUCCACAACACAUACAAAUGCGAUGAUUGUGGGUGGGGUGAAACAUACAGUAAGACAACGGAGUAUGUGAAGACGAAGGAUGGUCAGCUACUUGAUAUAGAGACGGCCCUUGCUCUCUUCCAUCAUCGAGAACCAUACAGGAAGGAGAAGAACGUGUUCCGAUGUUAUCUUUGUGAGGAGACUAUUAAUCUGCCAACGGGGAUGAAGGGGUGGUGGUCUGUGUCUCUAGAGUCGGGGAGUGAGAGGUACGUUUUGUUGAAAGAGCUAGAGAAGCAUGUACGGAGGAAUCAUUAUUUCGAGGAGCUUGCAUAG